AUGGCGCCACUCAACCUCUACGAUACGACCAUCGUCCCCAUCAUCAGCACGCUUCGCAAUCUCUCCGGCAUCCUCAAGAAAGGAGAGGCGUUCGCCGAUGCCAAGGGCAUCCCUCACUCUGAGCUCAUCGAAGCUCGUAUAGCGCCGGACAUGGCGCCACUUCCCUUCCAAGUCCAGACUGCCUCCAACACCGCCAAAUUCCUCGCCGUCCGUGUCGCUGGCGUGGAAAACGUCCCCUGGGAAGACAACGAGAAGACUUUCGAGGAGCUGCAAGCUCGAAUCACCAAGACGAUUGAGUUCCUUGAAGCCGUCAAGCGAGAGGAUUUCGAUGGCAAGGAAGCGAACCACGAAAUCACCUUCCAUGGUAUGAAACUUACUGGCCUGGAAUAUGUUAACGGGUUUGCCUUGUCCAAUUUUUAUUUCCAUGCCGUUACGGUGUAUGAUCUUUUGAGGAUGAAGGGCGUUGAUAUUGGGAAGAAGGACUGGCUGGGCAGGAAUUGA